UCAUUUCGUACGUUUUAUUUGCACGAAUAACGACGUCGCGACGAGGUCGUACAUGGUGCGUGAACGUGUAGAAUCGUAUUCGCCGCAAACCGUUCGUAAUUUGGUCACAUUCGCGCAAUUUUUUGACGUGCUUUUUGGGCUUUCAAAGCUCAGGUGACCAGCCACCGGAUACAGGAAUCAGGAACCAGGAAGUCAGAAAGCUACGAAUCGCUCGUUGAACCGAAUCGAAUAAUAUGACGAUGGGUGUGGAUAAAAUGUGUUCUUGAGAUGGUGACCAUACUCAAUAAUUUUGGUGUAGAGAUAUAGCUAAAUUUUUUAGACGAAAAAUUCGGGUGUGCUUGUGUCCGUGCUUGGUAUACCGGUGCGGUUGCCGGUGCGUACGGUGUGUGGACGACGGCGUCGAGCCCAAGAAUUAUUACCAGUUUACCAACGUCUCUUCGUUUCAAGGCUGGCGACUGCAUGCGUAACACUUUUUAAGUGAGUAGAUAUCAAAUUUUCGCCAUGAGAAUAAGUGGAGAUAAAAAUUAAAACAUGAGAGUCGCGCCAGACCGGCCGGAUCACAGCGAAAAUGUCGGCAUCGCUUUGAGCCAAAAUCCAGUUACUUCUGCCACAGCUGCCACCGUAACACUUUACUCAGCUGAUGGUCUUAUAGCUGUGCAAGAAGAACACGACGGCGUUGUCGCAGAUGUUCCACAAAUCGUCAGUAACUCAGCUGGGGAUGAUGACUUAACCUCAUUGACAUGGCUGCAAGAUAAAAAUCUAUUAAAAAGUGUGCACGAGUUACCAAAACACGAAUUUAUCGAUGAUAGUGCUAGUGAUUCGGCUUUUUCAAAUAGCAGUGCUUCCAGUACGUCUUCCCAUAAGAGUUCAAAUCAGUCUAUUAAUGUUAUAUCUCGCGUCUCCUACGAUCCACAGGUACACGUCAAUUCAAAACCUCCAUUUUCAUUCUCGUGUUUAAUUUUUAUGGCGAUUGAAGACUCGGCGGAUAAAGCGCUUCCUGUUAAAGAUAUUUAUGUCUGGAUUCUGAACCAUUUUCCGUAUUAUCGUAACGCGCCCACUGGAUGGAAGAAUAGCGUUAGACAUAAUCUUUCGCUUAAUAAAUGCUUCAAAAAAGUCGACAAGUCACCGAAUUUAGGUAAAGGAUCACUAUGGAUGGUGGAACAAAGAUUUCGCCCAUGUUUGAUUCAAGCUCUACAGAAAACCCCGUACCAUCAGUAUCAUAAAUUCAUACGUAAUUCCGGCACCAAGAAGAACAUAUCCGAGAACCCUGACAUUCGCGAUACCGAAUCAGUUAAGAAAUCGUCGCCAACCUGUGUCGAAGAAAAGAAGAAAGUUACACCUACCUCGAACGAAAUUUCAGCUUCUUCGCCUCCGACACCGCACCACGCUAUUUCUAUUAAAGAUAAUUUAUCCGAUGAUAUUGAUGCGGCCGCUACAGCGAUGCUGGUUUUGAAACACGGUGCUUGUGCUUUUGACAUUAAAACAGAAAAUGUUGAUUUCGUUUUGAGAGAUGGUACCGCUGUUACUGGAUCACGAGACAAAAGCACGGACGAAAACCCGGCUUUUUCCAGCUGCCCAAAUGAAGACCAUAAUUACGGAUAUCAUCACUACAAUUCAGUUAAAUCUGAACCCGAUUGCGUCUCCAGUACUUCAGCUGCGAAUAAAGAUACUUUGAACAGCGAUUACUGGAAUUCGGUCAAAGAAGACGAAGAACAAAGGAAAAUCGUCGAAGGUGCAGACGCUCUUUUAAAUUUGGCAGGCAUCACCACAACGUCAUCGUAUAACAUGCGCAAACGUUCGUUAUCUUCAUCCGAAGAUCAACAACGUUCGGUGAAGCAUUGCCCAGAGCAGACUUCCUACCGGCCUAGACUUCUGCGUAAAGAAAAAACCUCAAAGGUCAAUUGCAAAGAGUCAAUUAGUACCGAAACGUACGAAACCUCCAACGAAGUUACAAAUUAUUACACUAUAAGUAAAAGUAGCUCGAACGAAAACGGCGACUCGGCCGAAACAGACAAAUCAAAGUUUCAAAACAGUCGAACUGCCGUCACCAAUGGACGUAAACCUCGUAAAAAGCUAGAGAAAAAGAAAGCCAGAAUGUAGAUUUUGCCUCGAGGUUGCUCGCUGUACGAAUUUAAUCUCGUGCAGUUGAAAACCACCCUCUUAGACAUUGUAGAUGCUUUCAAUAUUAUGUUUUUAUCAAAAAUUUAAAAAAAAAAACUUGGUGAUAGUUAACUUUUUUUUGUUAUUUUUUUUCAAGUAUUUGUUUUCGCAAUUUCCGUUGUUUUGUUUUAUUUAUUUAAUAAUAUUUUCUUUUCUCUUGUAAUAUGUUGAGGUUACCAGCAUGUCUGGUCAGGCUGUACGUUUGGCAAUACGAAGUUAUCUAAUUUUAUUACGCGCUUGUGUUAAAUUUUUUAUGUAAUGAAACGACGGAUGUAGUUAUCAUAACUCUGAAUAGUUUUGGUACACGAAUUACCCCUCCCCCAUGUCCCUUUAUUCAUUUUGUUCUUUAUUGGUACAUAUUUCGACGAUUGAAGAUUAUAUCGCAUUGAUUGAUUGGAAAUUUUAUUGAAAAAACAUUUGUUAUUAUUUAUUUUUUCGUUUUUUAAAGAACUAUUGUGUUAGUUUAUAUUUAUUAUUUUUCUUUUACGAACUCUCUGUCUUCCUUUUAUCUUACACUAAGGUUAUAUAACUAAUUCUUCCUCUCUUUAUCACGAUAGUUUUUAAUUUAGCAUUUUGUGUGUUUUUUUUUUUUUGGUUUUGUUUUUUUGAGAAAAAAAGAAACCGGUGCAGCGUUAGUGUUAUGUAUUUUGAACCGAAGUUUCCAGCUAAUUACAUCAGAUAGACGAAACGAAUUAAUUUCUAAUUAUUCGUACAUAUAAGUUGAAAAUAUUUGCUCAGAUGCGUAUUUUUGAUGGUUAACGUAUUCUUAAGAAUUUGUGUAACGAUUACAAUUCGUAUGUUUAUGUU